AUGACGGGGAUUGUGAAGACGCCGGAGGUGCCACUAUUGCCGACUUUGGAGCAGGCGCAUCCGCUGCCCCUGUCGUGGUGGUAUAUUGCGACGACGCUGUUCAAGGCCAAGGUUUGGUCUCCGGCGCGGAAUCCCGGGCUUUGGACGGGCGGGAGGAUCGCGUCGUCCUUGGAGACUGAUGUGCGGCAUUUCGCGGUCUCCAGGGCGUCGAGCUCGGCGUUUCGAGACGCCUGUCGCCAGAAUGGAACCACUGUGACUGGGGCGUUGCAGACGAUUGUCGCGCGCUCGCUGUUCAAGCAUUUGCCGGAUAGCUAUACGCAGUUGGAUUGCGCCUGCAACGUUUCUACUCGGAGAUGGCACCUCGGUGUCAUUACCGCAGACUCCAUUGGUGACUGGGUGAAUGGCUUUAAUGAAACACACCACCGCGCGAACUUGACUCUUCCGACUUUCCCGUGGGAGGAGGCUCGACGGGCUCGCGAGACAAUCGAGGGCGUGCUGAACCUGCAGGGCAAGGAUAUGGCCCCGGCGCUUCUGAAAUACGUUGAUGAUUUCAAAGAAGAGCUCUUCCUCUCGAAGGUAGGGAGGGAACGCGAUUCGAGUUUUGAGAUCUCGAAUAUCGGCGCGGUCGGGUUGAAGGGGGCCCAGGAUUCAUCGAUGCCGCGGAUGGGCCGCAUGACUUUCUCGCAGAGCGCCAACGUCACAGGCAGCGCUAUCGCGGUGUCCUCUGUUACUGGUGCAGAUGGAUGUCUGGUCCUCACGUUUGUGUGGCAGAAGGGGGUCGUGGAUGAGGAUCUGAUGUCAUCUCUGAUUCCGACCGUGAAGGCGGAAUUGCUAAGUCUGUGUGUUGAGCAGUGA